CUUGGAGAUGAAACACUGAAUUGCUAAAAAAAGUAGCGAAUUUAUUUUGUAAUCAUUGAUUUUCCCAAAUCAAAAUGAGCGGAACAAUAGCAGUCCACCAGUGUUUGUUCUGUCCACAAACAUUCGGCAGUGCCGUAGAAAAGGAUGACCACAUUCUGGAGCAUUUUGCUCAAGAAACGUGUACCGAUUGCGACCAAAGCCUGAUUCGAAUCGGAAGGAAUUUAUACACACUACACAACGCAGUGACAUGCAUCAAGAGAGAAUCGAAAUUGGACGUCAGUAUUCAGCACGAUAGCCAUAAGAGAUCUAUCAACCAAAACAAUGAUGAUGGGGAUUAUAAUGCAAUUGUCGCACCUUCGAAUACAGAUUAUGGACAGCAACUAAACAUCAAACUUGAGCCCGAAACAGAACAUAAUGAACAGCUCAUGAGUGUUGAUCCAAUGCAUUUUACAGAGUCGAUCAACCAAAAUACCAUGAAAUCGAAUACAAUCCGUAUUGAUCAAGUGGAAAUUAAAACGGAGCCAGGAGCACAAGUUGAACAGUUUAUGUCUGUGGAUGUGAACAAUUUCACACAACCGAACAAUAUGGAUUUGGAAUCAGGUCAAGAGUUCCAAGGUCAAUUUCAUUUAACUCCGUUAGAAAAAUUGCCUGAGCCGAAAAGCAAGAGUAACUUCAAGCACAAAUGUGACUUUUGUGAAAAAUCGUUUCGAAAACCAUAUCAACUUGAACAGCACAAAAAGUAUACACAUAGCAUUGCAAAUCCGGGUUCAGUGAUUGACCGAUGGGAAUGUAAAAUUUGCAAUAUAACUUUUAAAAGGAAAGAAUAUCUAGACAAACAUAUUAAAUUCAAACACACAGAUCGCAUAAAAUACACUUGUGAUUUUUGCUGGGCGAUAUUUAUGUCAGAGAAUUCGUUGGACAAUCACCAUCGGUUUUACUGUAAACGCAGUAAAAAGUCGGCGAAUAAGUCUACUGACAAUGAAAAAUUAAUCGAAGUGGAGACGGAAGUUAAAGAACUGGUACCUGCGGCAGCGAACAAUUUCGCAAAAAUCGAUGGUAACUCCAAACACAAACCCAAGUGUGACGUUCGUGAGAAAUCGUCUCGAAACUCCUGGCAAAUGGGAGAGCACGAAGAAUAUACACAUAUCGAAACCGACCAGUUCGAAUGUAAAAUAUGCAACAUAGUUUUUAAAAGGAAAGAAUAUCUAGACAAACAUAAUAAAUUCAAACACACAGAUCGCAUAAAAUACACUUGUGAUUUUUGCUGGGCGAUAUUUAUGUCAGAGAAUUCGUUGGACAAUCACCAUCGGUUUUACUGUAAACGCAGUAAAAAGUCGGCGAAUAAGUCCCAGGAAAAAAAUAAAUUUGUCAAAAUGAAGCCAGGAGUUGAAGAGCUGAUACCUGUGGCUGCAGAAGAUUCUACUGGAACGGGUGGUGUGAAAAUUAACUCAAGUCAAGUGCUUCACAAUCAGCGUGUAACUGUAUCAAUGGAAUCUUCUAAUAAUCUCGCAUGUUCCAAACUACCGAACAAAAGCGUUGAUGAAUCUAAAGGCAAUGACACAAAUGGAUCUAGAACUUGUGAUAUUUGCAAAAAAACACUUGCCACUCCUGCAAGUUUACGAACCCAUCAAUUUUUAGUUCAUAAGACCGGAGGUCACCAUUGCACCCGUUGUAAGCAGGUCUUUCGUAAAGUCCAAGGCUUGCAAAACCAUGGACCAAAAUGCAGUAAAUUAUCAACGAUUACGUUCGAGUGUUAUAUCUGUCACAAAAUCAGAUCAGAUUUUAAAUCAAAAACGAGUCUUCGUCGUCAUAUUCAAUUAAUCCAUGUCCAUAAGGGAAAAAUAAAAUGUGAAUUUUGCGAAAAAUAUUUCCCUUAUAAAUCGGUGUAUGAAACUCAUAUGAAUGUAGUCCACCUAAAGUUGAAUAUUCGUAAUUUUGUGUGCAGCAUUUGUGGACAAGCAUUUAGAAAAAUGCAAUGUUUAACCCAACAUGAACGUAUCCAUACUGGAGAGAGGCCAUAUAUUUGCAAGUACGAAGGGUGUAGCAAAUCUUUUACAACUCAUGGAGCCAAUUAUGCACACAUGAAAAUCCAUAGAGGACUUAAAAAAUUCCAAUGUAGAAUCGAUGGAUGCGGAGAGCAAUUUGGAGGAGCGAGCGGGUACAAAAAACAUAAACUCAAUGUACAUGGCAUUCCAAUAGCUAAAUAAUUAUCUAGGUUACACCUAAGAUCUAAUUAGAAAAAUAGAAAUAUAAAUUAAAACCUUAGCUCAUUGCAUUUUUUUGUUGCUAAAUAAGCUAUUUUUGAGGCAAAUAAAAAUGAUUACAAUAAUAGAAAGAAA